GCAGAACGACUUUUUGCGCUGGGUGUGUGAAACUCGGUCGGAUCAAUCCAGAAGUGGCGACAUGAAUUUGAUAAAGAUCAUCUUUUUCUUUACGAUAAUAGCAGUUGUCAUAUUGUCAUUCACGGAUCUCACUGACGCGAGAAAGGGAGGCGGUGGUGGAGGCAAAGGCGGCGGCGGUGGAGGAAAAGGCGGCGGUGGAGGCAAAGGCGGCGGU